AUGACCACUCUUCGGGUGCUACUGCACGUUGCUGCUCACCGUGACUACGAGCUGCACUCCCUUGACUUCAGCACAGCUUUCUUGCAGAGCAGCCUGCACGAGGAGAUCUGGCUUCGUCGCCCACCUGGCUUCACUGGGUCGUUCCCUCCUGGUACUCACUGGAGCCUCCGGCGUCCAGUUUACGGUCUCCGCCAGGCGCCUCGUGAGUGGCACGACACACUGAGGACUACUCUUGCGGCUCUUGGGUUUGCUCCUUCUACGGCCGACCCUUCGCUGUUUCUGCGCACCGACACCUCUCUGCUGCCUUUCUACAUCCUCGUGUACGUCGACGACUUGGUCUUUGCCACUGCUGACACUGCUGGACUCGCCUACGUGAAGUCCGGGCUGCAGAAGAGACACACGUGCACAGACCUGGAGCACAUGGCUGCAGCGAAGAGGGUGUUGCGCUACUUGUGCAGCACAUCGGGCAUGGGGUUAGUGCUUGGAGGGCGCAGUCCAGUGGUCCUCACUGGGCACGCAAACGCUUCUUGGGCUGACGACCAGGCUACACAGCGGUCGUCACAGGGUUACACCUUCAGCCUUGGUUCCGGCACUGUCUCGUGGCGUGCUACUCGCUCGUCUUCUGUUCUUGGCUCCAGUUGUGAGGCUGAGAUCUACGCUGGGGCCAUGGCUGCACAGGAGCUUCGCUGGCUCACCUACCUGCUGACCGACCUUGGAGAGCCGCCUCGUUCUCCUCCAGUUCUGUACGUAGACAACAAGGCCAUGCUGGCCUUGUGUCGAGAGCAGCGACUAGAGCACAGAACGAAGCACAUUGCUCUCCGCUACUUCCUUGCUCGUGAGCUACAGCAGCGUGGUCAGUUGCGGCUUGCGUACGUGGCCUCUGAGGCCAACACUGCUGAUGUUUUCACCAAGGCACUUGGUGCCUUCAUCUACGAAUAUCAGACCCAUCAUCGUGGCCUCGUCCUGCUCCAGAUAGGUCCAGCUCUGCUCUACCCCUCUCCUGUCAUGCUUUGCCACCUGUUUCUUUGCCCCCUUGAGCGCGCCGAUGACAGGCUGUAUGCUGACACAGUCCAGCAGGUAGUGCGCUAG